CAAUGAAAAUAUCGGACAAUUUUUCUCACUAAAGGAAAAAUUUUUCUCACUAACAAUCUCCCCGAUCAAAGCUCCUCGCAGUGCGGUUUAUAUAAAUUUGGGAGCUACUGCAUAGUGAACAAAUUGUCCAGUGUGAGUGUGCAUCCAAAGAAUAGCCUAUGCGAGUAUUCCUGAAAGAUUUUCAAAAAAAUUGAAAAAUAAAAACUACAAUACAUAAGAAGCUGUGUUUUUCCGUCACUGCUCACUCCCUCCCUUUUCUUCCACACACACAGAGAGAGAAAGAGAAAGAGAGAACCAUUGAACCAACCACCAUUGAAGUCCGAGCUUAAUGCCCGUAGAUCCGUCGGCAUUGGCGCAUUUUAGCCCCACCCACUAACCCCAAAGUAUCUCAUUCACUCUUUUCUUCCUCACUAUUCUCUCUAUCCCCUCUCUCUUUACUUAAUAAAAAGUAAAAUCCAUUUCUGUCCUUUGUUGUUGCUGUUCUUUGUUAUUGUCCUUUUAGUACCUUUCUUUGUACCCACUUCACACCCUCUUUUAAAGUCCAUAUUUUUAUGAAGUAAAAAGCAUGAAGGAGCCAAGAAACAACAACAUUUAGAAAAAAAACAAGUCUAAAGUUGUAGUUUUGGUAGUUUGUAACAUGGUGAAACAACAACUUUUAGCAAAAUUUGAGGUUGUGAGUAUAAGGAAGCUUCAGAUCUGAAGAUGGACAAGAACAAGUGUUGCUGCUGCUGCUUUCUUGGUCCUUUCUUUUUUGGUCGUUGACUUGAAGGACUGAAAGUAGGAACUAGUCAGCUAUUUUUUGAGCUUUGAGAAGCUUUCUUGAGGGACAAAUUUUUCAAGAAACAGCUUUUUUUUGGGCUGUUGUGUGGCUUUUGCUAGAGAAAGAUAAGAGGGGUAUUGAUAUAAUCAUUGGUUAAAAGUAAAAAUGCUGGCUUUUGGAAGUCCUACUUGUAGCAAUAUUGGUUUUACAAGCUCUAGUUGCCACUCUUUACUUAGAGAACUGCAGCAAAUAUGGACCGACAUUGGAGAGAGCGAAUCUGAUAAAGACCGUAUGCUGUUGGAGCUGGAAAGAGAGUGUAGGGAAGUCUAUCGAAGAAAAGUUGAAGAAGCGGCCAAUGCAAAAGCACGUCUUCAUCAAUCUGUUGCAGCUAAAGAAGCUGAGCUUGCUACCUUAAUGGCUGCUCUUGGCGAAAUCAACAUUAAUUCACAGAUACAGUCAGAGAAAAAAUCAGCUUCACUGAAGGAGCAGCUUGGGUUAAUCAUGCCUCUUGUAGAUGAUUUAAGAGCUAAGAAAGAUGAAAGAGUUAAGCAGUUCGGAGAUAUAAAGGCGCAAAUUGAGAAAAUAACUGGUGAGAUUUCAGGGUGUUGUAAUAUUGUCAAUUCUCUGAGUAGCUUAAACUUGGAAGAACAUGACUUGUCGAUGAGAAAGCUCUCGGAGUGCCAAUCCCAUCUACUUGCUCUCCAAAAGGAGAAGUCUGUGCGGAUCCAAAGAGUUCUGGACAGUGUGAAUGAGGUUCACACUUUUUGCGGCGUACUUGGGCUGGAUUUUAGCAAUACUGUAAGUACUGUGCAUCCAAGCUUGCAUGAGACAAACCCCGGACAAUACACAAACAUCAGUGACAGCACAUUGGAAGGUCUAGACCAGGCCAUCCUUCGAUUGAAAACAGAACGAAAAGUUCGAUAUCAGAAGCUAAAGGAUGUGGUGGGAUCGCUGUUUGAGCUUUGGAACUUGAUGGAUACAAUGAGAGAAGAAAGGAGUAAGUUAUCAAGGAUCAUUUCCGUUCUUGAUAUUUCUGAAUCAGAGGUUGUGGAGCCUGGUGCACUUUCAUUAGAGGUUAUUCAACAGGUAUCAGCAGAAGUUGAGAGGCUCAACAAAUUGAAAGCAAGCAGGAUGAAGGAGUUGGUCAUGAAAAGGAGGGCAGAAUUGGAGGACUUAUGCUACAAAACCCAUAUUCAACCUGAUCAAAGUACUGCUGCUGAUAAAUCCAGUGCAAUGAUUGACUCUGGUCUUGUGGACCCUUGUGAACUCCUAGCAAAUAUUGAAGCACAAAUAAACAAUGUGAAGGACGAAGCUUUAAGCCGAAAAGAAAUUAUGGAUAGGAUAGAGCGGUGGCUUUCAGCAUGUGAUGAGGAAAACUGGCUUGAAGAUUAUAACCGGGAUCAUACACGUUACAGUGGUGGAAGAGGUGCUCACAUAAAUCUAAAGCGGGCAGAACGAGCAAGAAUUACAGUGACUAAGAUUCCAGGUAUUCUACUCUAGCGCAUUCAUUGGUGU